AUUACUUACUUACUCCUAUUUGAUUAGGUGGGUUCGGACAUGCAUCUCACCCUGCAAUGAUUCCUACUGCGGCAGCUCUCUCACAUCUAGAUCAAGAAAUCAUUCCUUCAGACAUAUACUCACAGAUAUCAAAACCGAUCGGAGGGGUUAAACCUGUCGGAGGUCCCGGAGGAGCAAGAAAACCUGUUCCGGAGACUGUAACCUCCGGAAUGAGAAAACCUGGACUAGGGAAGGGGGUACCUCCUCCUGUCCCUCCGAACAAACCCGUGGUUCCCGUAAAGAAGGAGGUGGGGAAGCGAGGGGAUGUGAAGGAGGUUCUGGAGUCCGGGAAGCAGAGCAUGGUGACGGGUCUCCAGGGCCUCAAGUUCGGCUUGUCUAUAGGCGGGACGGAGAAGGUUCUCAAGCCGGACUCAGUACCCGGAGCUGGGGUUCCCACAAAGAAAUUUUUUAAUAACAUAGAAUCGAAGAGCUGAGCUAGUCAAUAUGUAUGAAUUUUUACAAUUAUAUAUUAUAUAUCUAUAGAGGAACUUGUUGUAAACCUGGCAUCUCCAGACACGAACCUAACACGGGGUUCAAUCAUUACUCUGGAGAGGGGAGAACCCAGAACCUUUCCUACCGUUGUACAAUGUACAUAGUUUACUGUACACUGUAAACUAAACAAGCCUAAUCUUCCAGUAUAUGAACAAUCACGAGUAUUUAAGGAACGCCCCCCCCCCCCCUCCAACCUAUUCGAUGUGGACACAUUCUUCUCCCUCUCUCUCUCCGAGACUCUUCCAUAGCAGAAUAAAACUGACACACCCUAAUCUCUAGACUAGAGCAACUACCGACCCUGUAGUUACCAAUUACGUUAUUGUAAUGUUAAAUACAAUGCCGGCCUGAAAAAAGCCAAAAUUUU